AUGGAGGGCGCCGACGUCCACCCCACGGCUGUCAGCAUCAAGGAGUCGCUCCUGGGCGACGCAACCAAGGUGGACGCGGAGUCCCUCAAGGCCGAGGACCCGCAGCACCAGCAUAACCAGGGACAUUCGCAUCACGGCGGAGGCUGCUGCAGCGGACACGGAUGUGUGUGCGCUAUGGCCACGCGGAACAUCGUCAAGUGCUUCCUACCUCUCCUCAGCGAGCGCCAGGCCGAACUCAUGGGAUGGAUCAUGAGUGAUGAGACAUGGGGGUGCGUCCCCAACUCGGAUGCUCCGCCCUUUGCGUUUGUGGAGACUGUGUACAGCUUCAAGUACGACCACGUGGUCAAUGAGCAGCCGACCGUCAACUCGUUCAUGAAGGUUCUCAACACCCUCAACCACCAUGUCAAGGCGUUACCCUCGCGCUUUUUCUCGGGGUUGACUUACACCACGGAUCUGUCUCAACACGGCAUUGAUGAAAAGAUCGCCCGCAUUGUCAUCCCGACACACCGGUUUGGCGCAUGGGUCGGCAUCCUGAUCGAGAUGCACGACCAGCGUGCAACGAUCUUUGACCCGUGCGCAACGCUGUCUGACGAUGAUCUUGAGGAGAUCAAGGGCCGCCUCUCGGUCUUCAACGUCAAGGAGCACCACGUCAUGACUCCCAAGCGCCCGAUCCACAUGCGCUACUCUGUCGUCGCCGUGUGCACCGGCCUUGAGGUGCUUGCGCGCGCAGGCUUCGCCAAGGUGGCACCGCCCGUCUUUGGCAAGCUCAGCGAGAUGAUCGGCCUCGGCGGCAACCGUGACGACAUCCUUGAAGAGCUCACGGAGGAGAUCAUGCACGCCGACGACAGCAUGACCAGGGAGGACAAGCUCGCGGCCAUGCUGGCUCAGUUCAACAUCGACCACGAGUCCAACGUCAUCGCGACGCAGUUCGCCGACCGCAUUGCUUGGUCGCUCGCGACGUGCGAGCUCAACGCGCCCAAGUGGGAGUGCGGCUGCGCCAAGCAGGCCGCGGAGGUGCAGGUGUCGUCGGACGUGACGUCGGAGGGGGGUAGCGACAAGGAGAACUUGCCCAUGCCUGAGCCCGACCACAGCGUCGAGGAGCCCGCGUUCAAGAAACACAAGGAGUAG